AUGAAAUUAAUUUUAUUUUUAUUUAUAUUGUUUAGUAUUUUAUUUUUUUUAAAAAAUGUUGAAAGUGCAAGUGAUGUAGUUUGCUCAUUUGGUUACGAAGCAUGUGGAAAUAGGUGUUAUAGUCCAUCAUCAGGUCAAAGAUGUUAUCCAGGUGAUGUAGUUUGUUCAUUUGGUUACGAGGCAUGUGGAAAUGGGUGUUAUAGUCCAUCAUCAGGUCAAAGAUGUUAUCCAGGUGGUUUAGUUUGUUCAUUUGGUUACGAAGCAUGUGGAAAUAGGUGUUAUAGUCCAUCAUCAGGACAAAGAUGUUAUCCAGGUGGUUUAGUUUGUUCAUUUGGUUAUGAACAAUGUGGGAAUAGGUGUUAUAAUCCGUCCUCUGGUCAAAGAUGUUUUAAUUAA